AGUUCAGUUAUAGAAAAAAAAAAUAAUAAUAACAAAACAAACCUCUCGCGCAAAACUCUGAUAUUUUACGAAUUGAUUUCUUGUCUUUAUUUUAUUUUCUUGACAUCUGUCAAAUGAAAGGAUGCGUUCAUAAAGGAUAAUUUCUAAGAUUAUGAAAUAGUGUUUCUGGCAAUAAGAAUAUUAAAUCAAAGACAAAACGUACAGUCUAUCAAUAGGCCUGGAUAACAUUAAGAGCAAGUCUUAUCCCGUGAUUAAUGAGAAACAUAAUUAUAAUACAAUGGCAUCAGCAUCUAGUACAAGCGCACGCAGCUUGUUCAUCGAAUCAAAGAUGAGACUGGCAGAUAGGGUGCAAGUUAAUGUUAAUAACAUUGCCUCUCUCGCCAGACAGAUACAGCGAGGUUCAAAAAGCAGCGAGAUUUUAACACACUCAGCAAAGAACUUUGCACAGCAGGAACAUGGAUUAGAAACGAUUGAAUCCAGUUUAAAGAAGCUUGCACUCAUUAGUACUCAUUUGGGAUAUCAAAUGGAUGCAAUUGACAAAAACUCUGCAAUGUUGGAACAAGUUACUGAGCAAGUACGAUCUAUGCAACGAUAACAUUUAAAAAAGUAUGUAAUAAGUUUUAUUUGAAUUCUAUAUAUAUUAU